AUGUGGGUGGCUCUUCACCACCACCAACACCAGAACAAACCCACCCAACCCCCCCUCUGCGUCCGCGCCCCCUUCAUCCUAACAUCGUCGGUCCAUCCCAUAAUCCAACAAAAAAUCCACACCCUCAACGCCGCGCUAUCCCCCGCUAACGCAUGGCGCAAGCGCGACACGAAGACCUACAAAACGACCUCCCGCAUCGAGGCCAUCCACCUGCCCGGCUCGCGGGACCGCGCGCACGACAGCGCCGUCUACGCCGACUGCGGCUGGGGCCACAACCGCUUCCGGCCCUGGAACUCAGGACGCGCUUUGGGGCUAUCGGGCUUGGGUGGCCAAGGAGAUAUCGCGAGGAGGCGGGCGGCGUUACAGCCGUCGGGUUUCUUCUGGGAUUGCCUGCGGAGGAAGACCAGGAGGGCGAAGAAGAAGAGUGCGAAACCGAGAGCCAAAGCCAGCGCGAAAAUUAAUGGGAAUGGGAGUGCCAACGCCAGCGCCAGCGCCAGCACCAACAUCAACGGAACAGCGAAUGCCACCGCCGAUGCGAGUUCCUACAUGAUGAUGAUUCCGCUGGGCGGCAACGCCCACCCGGAGGACAAGGACAAGAAGGACCACUACUGUCGCGAGUGCGUCUUCAGAGACUGCACCGUCCGGAUCCUGGUCGAUGUCGUGAAGGAGUGCGAGAGGAAGGCCAAGAAGGCGAAGAUUGCUUAUAAUCACUGA